GACACGGUCAGCAUGCUAGGCUUUUUGAUUCUGGUGUGGAUAUGCAUCUUCCUCGUAUUCCUUUUUAUCCGGAUCCCGAAACCUAAGAACUUUCCCCCCGGACCACGUCCUCUCCCAUUAUUUGGGAAUUUGCUCCAGCUGAACAUUAACAAUCCUUUGAAUGACUUUGAGAGGCUGGCAGAUCGCUAUGGAAAGGUUUAUAGUCUGUACAUUGGAUCAAGACCUACAGUGGUCCUUAAUGGAUGUGAGGCUUUGAAGGAAGCUCUUGUUAAUAAGGCUGUGGAGUUUGCCGGACGCCCACGUGAUCUCAUGGUCAACCAUAUCACGGAGGGAAAAGGUGUAAUUUUGGCUGAUUAUGGACCUGGUUGGAAAGAACACAGACGGUUUGCCCUUAUGACCCUGAGGAACUUUGGCCUCGGGAAACAAUCUAUGGAAGAGAGAAUUCUGGGAGAGAUCUUGCAUGUUAUUGCCAAAUUGGACAAAAGUGUUGGAAGCUCUUUUGAUCCUCAAACUAUGUUCCACAAUGCUGCAUCUAAUAUCAUCUGCACUGUUCUGUUUGGAUCCCGCUAUGAUUACAAUGAUGAAUUCCUUAAGCUUUUUAUUCACCUGUAUACAGAGAAUGCAAAGAUUGCUAAUGGACCAUGGGCCAUGAUAUAUGAUUCCUUUCCUUUGCUGAGAAAUCUGCCCCUGCCCUUUAAGAAGGCCUUCAAAAAUUCAUAUAUAGCCAAACAAAUGUCUGUAAAUCUGGUCAAAGAGCACAAAAAGACAAGAGUCCCAGGAGAGCCGAGGGACUUCAUUGACUGCUAUUUGGAUGAGCUUGACAAGAGAGGAAAUGAUGGUUCCACCUUUGCUGAAGCCCAACUUAUCCUGUACGUUCUGGAUUUGCACUUUGCAGGGACUGAUACCACAUCCAACACACUGCUCACUGGUUUUCUCUACCUCAUGACUCACCCUGAAGUUCAGGAGAGAUGUCAGCGAGAGAUUGAUGAAGUUCUGGAUGGAAAAGAUCAGGCGUCUUAUGAAGACAGACACAAUAUGCCGUACACAGUCGCUGUGAUUCAUGAGGUUCAGCGUGUCGCUAACACUGUACCACUCAGUGUGUUUCACUGCACCACCAAAGACACAGAGUUGAUGGGCUACAACAUCCCAAAGGGAACUCUCAUAAUUCCUAAUCUAACUUCUGUACUAAAAGAAGAGGGCCAGUGGAAGUUUCCUCAUGAGUUUAAUCCAGCCAACUUCCUGAAUGAUCAAGGCCAGUUUGUGAAGCCCGAGGCCUUUAUGCCCUUCUCUGCAGGUCCCCGUGUGUGUCUCGGUGAGGGUCUUGCUCGUAUGGAGCUCUUCCUGGUUUUGGUGACUCUGUUGCGCCGUUUCCAGUUUGUGUGGCCUGAAGAUGCUGGAGAACCAGAUUACAGCCCAGUGUAUGGGGUCACACUCACACCCAAACCCUACAGAAUGCACAUCAAACUCAGAGAGAUAGUCAGACUGUAAUAAUGGUGUCAGAUUUCUUGCAUUUUUUGCAAAAAUGGAUGUCAUUUAUUAAAAAAAUGUUAUGUAUUAUGACUACAUGUAAAAUGGUAUGUAUUAUGACAUGUAUUAAAAGGUCCUAAACAGGAUUAAAUACAUUAUGUAUGUAAUGGAUUAUUGAUGCAGUUUGUAUUUAAAAGGAUAGUUCACCUAAAAAUGAAAAUUCUCUCAUCAUUUACUCAUCCUCAUGUGUAUGACUUUCUUUCUUCAGCAGAACACAAACAAAGAUUUUUAGAAGAAUAUCGCAGCUCUGUAGGUCCAUACAAUGCAAGUGAAUGGGUGCCAAAAUUUUGAAGCUCCAAAAUCCACAUAAGGGCAACAUAAAAUUACUCCAGACGACUCUGGUGGUUAAAUCUAUAUCUUCCGAAGCAAUAUGACGGGUGAGAAACAGAUCAAUAGACCUUAUUCACGCUAGCGCCAUCUUUGAUUUUUAAAGGGAAUGGAAAUGAGGCUGUGAGGGAUAGACUUAAAAUCUCUUCAAUGGCACAAAUGGUAUAAAGUUGUAUAAAGCUCCUUGAUCACAUCUGAUUUUCCACAACUCAUGUUGUCUGGAGUUCUUUGUAUACUGAAUGUUCUUGGACAGAUGUUUAUAAAUGUCUUGUCCGCGGAACAAUCCAAAAACACUUUAAACUGUAGUACAGCACACUGAAAAGAAUGUAAGUUUAUUCCUCACAGCCUUGUUGUCAUUCCCAUUAUCAAAGAUGGCGCUAGUGUGAAUAAAGUCUAUGGCUGCAUCCUAAAACAGGAAAAUUCUGCUUUUAGAGGCUGUAUACGAAGACAGGAUGAAAAUAAGAUGCUUUUCAAACUGUUUGGAGACCAGUUUCCUUAAGAGUUCCAUUCAUUCAAAACAACUGCCAGUUAAAUCAUUAACUGAUUAGGAAGCAAGGCAGCAAGUCAGCUGCCUGCAUUUUCGGAUGCAGCCAACAUUUAAGUCCUUUUUCCUUCACUUUUACAUUCUCCUUCUUCUGUUUUUGGUGAUUCACAAGUGCAUAUCACCCCCUACUGGACAGGGUGGAGAAUUUAUGACAAAAAAAUGACUGAUAAUUAUUUAUCUGUUUCUCACCUAGACCUAUCAUACUGUGUCUGAACACAUGGAUUUAACCACUGAAGUCUUUGGAUUACUUUUAUGCUCCCUCUAUAUGGAUUUUGGAGCUUCAAAAUAUUGGCAUCCAUUUACUCACAUUGUGAGGACCUACAGAGCUGAGACAUUCUUCUAUAAAUCUUAAUUUGUGUUCUGCAGAAGAAAGAAAGUCAUUCACAUCUGAGAUGCCAGGAGUGUGAGUGAAUCAUGAGAGAAUUUUAAUUUUGUGAACUAUCCCUUUAAGUGCUUCAGUAAAAAAUAUUUACAAAAUGUUUCCUUUAAAUGAAAAUAUGCAAUUAUCUUGUAUUGAAUAGUAUUUUCCCAUGCUGCAUUAAACAAAAGAACCCUUUU